CCACGCAAAGAUUACGUUACUGUUGCGAUGUUUAUGUAGACUAUUUACAUAAAAUAACGUAACUAGUACACAAUCAACUUGUUAUUAUUAUUACAAAAAGUGUGAUAAUGUGGUAAAAAGUUGUUCGGAAAUAUUUAAUUGGAGUUAUUCGGCUUGAUUUGUUUUUAUUGUUGCCAACAGUGACUACAAAAAGUCACCAAACCGUUAAAUUUUCGAAAAAAAAAAUAAAAAAAACAUUAAUUUACAGUAUAAACUACUUUACGUUGAUUUACAGUUAGGUCACCAAAAAUGUCACUUCUAAGGGGGCGUCAAAUUCUCUCAUUUCUCCAAAAAUCGACUCAAAUUGGGAUGAUAAACAGUACCAAUCUGAGAAUUCUUUCAACUAAAAUCGCCUCAUUUGAUGAAGUUAAGUCAGUUAAAAUGAAUCCAAAGACUCUUCUAAUCGACGUCAGGGAGCCCCACGAACUGCAAGAAACCGGAGUUAUCCCCGAUAGCAUCAAUAUUCCCCUUGGGGAAGUCGCUAAAGUGUUAACAAACAUGUCUUCUGAACAAUUUCAAAAGACUUAUAAUAGAUCCAAACCUGAUUCUAGCACCCCCAUUAUUUUUUCGUGCCGUUCGGGGAAACGUAGCGCUCUUGCACAGGAAGUAGCAACGAAAUUGGGGUUCAAAAAUAUAAAAAACUAUUCAGGGGGGUGGCUGGAAUGGGAGGAAAAAAAUAAAAAAGGUUAAAAUAUUAAUAAAUAAAUAAA